AUGAAGACAGGGAUUUUGAAUAAAAUUAAUAUUCAUGUUUUUAGAACAAUUGUAAAUAAUCAUGAAAAGUUAAAGAACAAUUCAAUUUUUUUGGAUUACGUAAGGUUGGAAUCUCAUUUAUUUCCUGAUAAUGAAGUUAGAUUAACUUUUUCAUCAUAUAAUGGUUUAAUUUUCAAUAAUGAGACUAAAAUUAACUUGUUUAGAAAUAUUGAAUUAUAUAUAAACUUUCAAGCUGUUACUGCCUGCGAUAUCAAUGUUAAAAACAAGAUUUCAAUUUAUUUCAAAAAUUUCAAAACGAAUUUAUCAUUUGGUAGAUUAAAUAUACCGUUGGAAUAUUUCAAGAAACAUAAGCAACAACAACAACAACAGCAACAACAACAAGUUGAUGAAAAUGUCGAAAUAAUUGAUGUUGUUAAAUAUAGUCAAUUCGUUAAAAACUUUAUGGAAAUUUAUUCAACAACUGAGAUUACUUUUGAAGAUUUUACAUUAUCUCAUGAUGAAAUUUCAAUCAAUGCAUCUAAUUUCAAAUUUCAAUUAUCAAAGAUUGAAAAAAAUGAACAUCAAAAGAAUAUCAAAUUAGGUCUUUAUAUAACUUCUUUUACAUUUUAUCAUCAUGAAUCAAAAUGUUUCGAAUUACCUUCUGGUACAAUAUCUUAUGAAGUUUGUCCAAUUGAAGUAUUGAAAGUUAGUCAUGCUUUAUUAAAUCAUGAUAAAAAUUCUAAAGCACAUAUCAAUUUUGAUUUACACAUUGUACUUAGUAAUCCAAUUUUUGACUUUUAUUAUGAUCAACAAGAUAUUUUACUUAAGAUUUUAAGGAACAAGAUGAUGCAAAAGAGAAUGAAUAAGAUGAGAAAAGUAACUGGUGUUCAUAAAAAGGAAGAGUUUAUGACAAAGUUAUUAAUUGCUUCAACAAUGCUAAAAUCAAUAUCAUCAAAAUUAGUUGUUUCAGAUACAAAAAUCAAUUUUCAUUUACCACCAAUAGGUCGUUCAAAAGAUGACUUUAAUAGAUUUUCAAAAUCAAAUUUGAUUGUUUCAAUGACGAUAUCUGGUAUAUUGUACAGAAUUUUUACAAGAGAUUAUCAAAAAUUAAUUGAACAAGAUAAAAUUCAUAAGCAUUCUCUCAAUGUAUUAUUCAAAUUGAAAAAUAUUAAAGGUGAAGCUGAUGGUAAUACAAUGCAUUUGUCAAAAAUUAAUUUAUUAAAUUCAUACAGUUUAGUUGAUAAAAAAAUAACCUUAAAGAUUUCAAGUAAGAAUGUUAAAUUCAAGUCAGUAAAUGCAAACUUUUUCCAUUUGGUGCGACAAUUUAGAAAUCGUCAAAUUAUAUAUUUUAACAAAAAAUAUGAUGAGUUCAAGGAUUUGGAUUUAGAUGAAGAAGAAGUAAAUUAUGAUAAAGACCGUACUAUUAAAUUAUUUGAAGUUUUACCAAGAUUUAUUUCUUCAAUAAAAUUUGAUUUAGAUACUUUAUUAUUUGAUAUAAUUUGUAAAGAAGGUUUGCCAAGCCAUAAAAUAUAUGAUAAUGAAUUGGGUAAAGAAAUUGAUUUGGCAGACUUUAGAAGAGGUGUUUCAGUUAAAAUAAAUCAAAUUAAUGCAAACUAUAAAUUGGAGAAAGAGCAUAUUGAAUUAUCAGUUAAAACACUACAAGCGUUUACAUUGAGUGAAUAUCAAUCAGAAUAUAUUACUGAUUUUGAUAAAGUUACAGAAUUGCAGCAAGCAGAUUCUGAAUUUGGUGAUAUUUCAAGUUUAAAUUCGUUAGAAAGUAAUAACAUACAAGAUGAUGUUGAUGCUGCAACUAGACGAAUAAAGAAUGUAUUAAGUGUACAUGAUAUUUUAUUAACAAAUGCUUCAAAAUUAGAUGAUAGAGAUAUCAAUAAGUUGACUUUGUCAAUACCAGAAAUUGAUAGUAGGAUAGACAUGUUUCUACUUUGGUGUGUUUUCUAUGCUAAAACAAUGUUACAAAAAUUUGCGCCAACUGUUGCUUCAAAUUGUAGUAAAGAAGAGUUGAAAAGAAUGACUGGUCCUAAAAAGAAAUUGAAAUUAGAUGUUGUAUUAGAUUCGGUUGCUUGUGUUAUAAGGUUACCAAGAAAUGUUGACAUUUUAAUUGAAAUUGAAUCUGCUAAAUUAAAGAAUGCGUUAAUUUUAAAAUCAACAUCUAUUAAUAAUGCAAGACUAUACGUUAUUCACCCUGCAACUAAAUUAUGGGCAAGAUUAUUAAUUAUAAAAGAACCUACAUUCAGUAUAGAUUUUUCAAAAUCAUUACAUACAGCCUCAUUUGGAAUUUUAACAAGAUCAAUUUUGUUCAAUAUACCGCAUUUAUUUUUGUUUUAUACAGUUAUUGAUAAUUUUAUUUCAUUUUUCAAAGCUUUAAAACAAUUGAAUCAAAAUUAUUUAUAUUUUAAUUGGGGUGCUGAAGAAUUUGGAAGAAUUUAUCCAACUGAAAAGAAUGCUUUCAAUUUUCCUCAUAUCGAUAUUAAAACUCUGGUCUUAGGUUUAUCAAUUGAAAAUGAUCCAUUCGAAAAUGAAUUGGCAAUGAUUUAUGAAUUAGGUUUAAUUGAACAAAAGGAAAGAAUGAGAAAAUUAAAAGCUUUUGAAACUAAAUGUGAAGAAAUAAUGUCAAACGUAUGUGAAGAUGAUAUUGAUGAUAGUGAUAUUGAAAGAAAGAUUGAAUUAUCUAAUAAACCAGCUCCAACAAUGCAUCACACCAAUAGUCAAGAUUCAGUCAAUAUGAAAUCCAAAUUCACCUCCAACAGUAGUUUGAAAGAUAAAUUAUUUAGACGAAGAAAACAUAAUCAAACUCAAGGUAACAUUGAUGAAACGCUUGAAGAAUCAAAACCAAAAUUAACCAGGAAACAAGUACAAGAAGAAAUUGAUGAAGCAAAAUUAAGAUUAUUAGAGAAUUUUUCAAAAUCUUGGUGUAGAAAAUAUAAAGUUUUUAGACAAGUUAGACAUGAAACAUGGAGAAGUAGAAGUGAUAAUGUUUGGGGUAAAGAUUUAAUCCCUGAUGUAAUGAAGGAUAAAUAUGAUAUACUAGACUAUAGUGAAGGUCCUCCUUUAUGUGGAACUUUAUUUAGAGAUGUUGAUUUAACAUUAGAUAGAUUUAAUGGUGGAGAUCUUGAUGAAUUUUUAUAUACUUAUGCAAAAAAACAACCAAAAUUACAUUAUUCAAUUUUAGUUCCAUUAUAUCUUGAAUUAAAAGCUAGAAAAUUUUAUAUGAUUUUAAGAGAUUAUCCAUUACCAUUAGCUUCAUUUCCAACUAGUUCAAAUUCUAAAAUACCCACAAUUCAUAUAAGAUCUAAUAUAGUUGUUAAUGAAAAAUUAUAUUCAAGAAAAGAAGAAUUGAGAUAUAUUUAUGUUCCAUUUUCACCAGCUGUACCAGAUAAUGGAAUUGCAGAUAAUUUUUAUUCAGUUUAUAUUCCAAGAACAUUAACUCCAGUCAAGGUUUGUUCUGAUUUUGUUUGUGAUUUGAAUACAGAUAGGGCUUGUACAAUUAGUUGGUGUAAAGCUUAUCAACCAGCAUUGAGUACAUUAAGUAUGACAUUUGAGAAUUUUUCAAAACCUGCAAUUGAUGAUAGUCCAAUAGGUUUUUGGGAUAAAUUACCACUUAUUAUGCAUGGAAGAUAUCAAUUUAAUGUAGCAAAUGAGUUGUGUCUCCAUAUGAAGAGUGGAAGAUCACCUCAUCAAUUAGUUGGUAAAAAUUCAGGUUUUGUAUUUUGUUGGAAGAAUAAUGUGAAAUUAGUAAUUGAUGGUACCAGCAAUCCAAAAAAUUUGAUUACUUUAACUAGUGAUGAUUUCUUAUUUGCUAUACCAAAUUAUUCAAUGGAAGAAAAAAACAUUUGGAGUUUAUUUUAUGAUGAUGAAGAUGAAAAUUCUCCUGAUAUUGAUUUAGAAGCUAAAAAGUUUGAAAAGAAAUGUAUUAAAUUAACUUCAAGUGAUAGAGUUAAAUGGGUUUUAGGUUUUAUGUUUGAAAGAAAUAAAUAUUUUUCAAAGAGACUAUCAGAUCAAGAAUUAAGGUGUUCAGAUUUCAAACCACAUUAUGAAGUCAUGAUUACAAAUCCAAGUAAUGAAUUUCAUCCUGAUUCUUAUGAAGGGUAUAGAGCUGAUUAUGUUCAUAUGACAUUAUCUGUUAUUUCACAAGCAAAGCUGAAAGAUGGUGAAGCUUUUAAUACUGCUUUUUUCACACCUUUAUCAUUUCAUCAUUUCUUUUAUUGGUGGGAUACUUUAGCUCAUUAUUCACCACCACCUAUUAAAUCAGGUAAAUUGUUUCUGCAAAAUAAUGCAAAGAAAUAUAAAAUCAAAUUUGGUAAUCAUAUGUAUACAAUGAAGUAUCAAUUUAUUUUCAAUCCAGUUACCAUCUCACAUUUAUACUUGCAUUCAAGUAAUGAAGGUGGUGAUAAGAAAAAUAGAGUAGCAUUUACUGGUUUGAAAGGAAAAUUUGGAAAAUGUGAAAUUGAUUUACAUCAGAGAAAAGAAUUUGUAACUUAUGUUAAUAAGAAAUUAGAUAGAAAAACUCAAAUUAAACAUUUGAAAAUGAAUCAAGCUGAAGUUAAUAUUGAACAAGCUGAUGUCAGAGUAUUAAAUGCAUUAUUUAAUGAUACUUCCUUAAGUGGUAAAUUAUUAACUUAUCUAACUGAUGAUUUAUCGUCAACAAGAUCAUCAAACCAUCCUAAUUUAAGUUUUGAUUCAAAAGUACAUUCACCAAUUGAUGGUUCACAAUUUUCAAAUUGGUUAAAUAGUGUUGAAGUUUAUGAUGGUGAUUUUUCAUGGGUUGAUCCAGAAGAUUUUAUCGAAUUAGAAAUCAGAGAAACUUUAUCACCAUAUCCAAAGAUUAGAAUUUUACCAUUUUUCCAUACCCCAAAGUUUUCUUAUUUUAGAGAAUUUACAUUACAAAAAGAUGGUCCAUUUCCAUUUGGUGGUGAAAAGAUUCAUCAAUGUUUAAUGGAUACUGAUAAACCAGCAGCUGUUCAAAGUAGAAUUUUAUCACAUCGUUUACAAAUAUUAAAAGAUGAUAUGGUUGAUUGUGAAGAUAAACUUAGAAGGGCUAAAAAUCAUGGUGAUGCUAAAGCAAUUAAUCAUUAUGAAGAACAAAUGACUAUAAUUCAUGAAAAACUAGAUGUUGUAAAUCAAGCUUACAAACAAUUUACUGAAAUUGAAGAGGUUUUACACGAUGACAAUGGUUCAUUACUGAAACAAAAAUCUAAUUUAUCAGCUUAUUCAUCACAUUUAUCAGAAGGUGAAUUACUUUCAGCUGCCAAUUUUGAAACUGUUGCUGAAUUUCAUAAUAGAUUUAUUAUUCAUAAUUUAAAAUUGAGAUGGGAUGAUGAUGUUAGAGAAUAUUUUAUUAGUUAUUUACAAAGAAUUACUGAUAGAAAAAAUCAUGUUUAUUAUAUGACUAAAGUUGCAGUUGAUUUAGUUGAACAAGUAAUGAAUGGAAGUCAAAGAGAAUUUAAUGAAAAUAUAAAUUUGAAAGAUCACAUUUUUAAUAAACAAUUUAAAAAAGGUGAAGAAGUUAUUGAUUCAUUUGAUGAAGAACUUGAAGAAGUUGAUAAUCCUGAACAUGAAGCAGAAUUUAAAUAUUUAAUUAAAUUACUUCAUCCACAAAUUCAAAUGAUUUGUAAAAAAGUACCUGAUGCUUGUGUUUUAUUGACCAGUAAAGAUUUAGAGAUUAGAAUUAUUGAUGUUAAUAUAAAAGAUAGAGUUAAUAUUAUGACUGAUAAUGAAAUGACAGCAAGAGUUGAAACUAGAUUUGGUAUUUUAUUAAGAGAUGAACAAUUAUUUGUAGUUACUAAAGAUGAUGUUGAAAAAAAUCAAUUAACUUCAAAAUUUACAACUCAUGCUUAUAUGUCAUUAAAUUCUCAAUGGCCACCUUGGUUUGAAUGUGAAAUUUGUUAUGAUGGUUCAUGGGCUCAUGAAUAUUUAGUUAGUGAAAGAAAUACAGUUGCCAUUGUUUAUAAAAGUCCAAAUCAAAUGUUAGUUGAUCAAGCAAAUUCAAAAGGUGAUGAAUUGAUUAUUUUUUUGGCUAAAAUGGUUUUAAAUGCAACUUCACAACAAUAUUCAAGUAUUUAUUUUGUUGCAACUGAAUUAUUAAUUAAUGGACAUAAAAGUGAUAAAUUAACAGAAAGAUUAGAAAGAUUAAUGUCAAUAGCUGAUGCUUCCGAUUUUAAAGGUUAUGAUGUUAAAGUUCAAAACUUACAACUUUCAAUUAGAGAAUAUAAAGAGAUAUUAUUAAAUUUUGAUCAGAAAGGUGCAUCAUUAACUGACCAAGAAAAGAGAUAUUUGAAAAUAUUAGAAUUGGAAAUGGAAAAAUCAAAACUCGAAUUAUUAUUCAUAAUGAAAGCAUUAAGAAUGAGAAAUAAAUCAACUGCAAAACAAUCAACUAGAUAUUGGAGUAUUUUAUGUGAUCAAGUUAUUUGGCAUUUCUUAGAUGAUGAAAGAAAACCAUUUGUUGAUUUUGCUUUAGCUAAUGCAAAAUAUGGUAGAGUAGAUUUAAUUGAUGGUACAAAUGUUAAUAAAUUUGAAAUUUCCAUGAUUCAAGGUUUUAAUUUACAAGAUAAACCAAUUUAUCCAGAAUUAUUAACUCCAAUAAUUGAUGAAAAAAUAUUGCAACAAAAACGUCAUUCAUGUUUAGAUGAGGUUCCAGUUAUAUCAAUGUCUUGGGUUUUAUUAGCUGCUGUUGGUGGUAUACCAGUUAUAAAAAAUGCAAAAUUAGAAAUACAACCAUUACAAUUAGAAUUAGAUUUUGUAACAGCAAGAAAAUUACAAAGUUAUUUGUUUCCUAAAGAUGAAGAUGAAGAAAAUGAAUAUGAUGAGGAUUCAGACUCUUCUGAUGGUUCAGAUAUGGAAUUAAUGAGUGAUGCAUCAAGUAUACCAGAUUCAAUCUCAACUACUAAUACUUCACCGACCAGAAAUCCAUUAAAGAAAUUAAUUGCAAGAAGUAAAAAUUCAUUACAUUCACAUAAUUCAAAUCCAACAUUAAAUUUAAGUCCAAAUAAAUCAAGUGCUUCAUCUUUUGAAUCAUCACAUACUGAAAGUUCAUUUAAUUCAAAUAAAUUAACAAAAUUGUUAAAUAGAAAGGAAAAUCAAAAUAAGAAUGAACAAUUUGAAGAUGAUUUAGCAGUUAUAAUUUCAAGAUCAUUAAAAUUUAAAUCAAUUAUUGAUUUAGAAAUCGCAAGUUUUAAAUUAGUUGUUAGUUUUUCAGCACCUAAUAGUUUACAUGUAUUAGAUGUAAACAGAUUAGUAAUUAAUGUUCCAUCACUAAGAUAUAAAUAUAAACUUUGGUCAGCUGAAGAUUUUAUGGAUAAAUUGAAAAAAGAUGUUAUUAAAAUUAUAUUACAACAUAGUGGUAAGAUUAUAGGUAAUAAAUUUAAAACUAAAAAGAAAGUCAAACUUGAUAAACCAUUGAAACAAAUUUCGAAUUAUUCAUCAUAUACAACCUUAGAUGAUUUACAAAAACAUGAAAAAGAUGGUGAAAAUUCAACUGAUUCAACUAUUCAUAGAACUAGUGUUCAUCAUUUAAGAAAUAAAAAUAUGCCACAUGUAUUAUCUAGAAGAGGUGAAACAUCAGAUAAAACAUAUGAAGAAUAUUUAAAUGCAGCAGAUGAUAAAGUUGAUAAUGAUAUUGAUGCAGCUUAA